AUAAUAAUGGUCAUUUUUUGGUUUUGCUAGCUGUACAUGUUUCCCUAGGCUUCUUUGGGUAACGUUUGCGAGGAUAGCUGUUGUGAGCGUUAGGUCCAAUAAUGUUAAGGACCCGGCACCUCAGAGAUGCUGCUGCACGUGGCUGUCCGCAUCACAGGACGAUUCUUCUACAGUACCGUCGAGAAAGGCGCAGCUGUACGCACGUCGGCGCGGCUUCGACUCUGGCUGUACCUCACAUCAACCCAUGCCCAACGCACAUCGACUCCUCCUGCGCUGGCGCUGCGGGCUCUGCUCCUGUCAUCCAGCAUAUUCUUUUGGCCAGCAGUUACGCCCAAAUAAAAGAGGUCUUCGCCGCUCACCGCACAAACUUCAGUCCCACGGACUUGACCGUGGCAUGGGUUCGGCUGGCCAAGAUCAGCAGCCG